GGAGAAUCUCAGUAAUGGCUAGGUCACCGAACAAACACGGCCGCGAUCAAGCUCAGGAUUUCCAGGGAUUUUUGAAUGACAUGCAGGACUGGGAACUUUCAUUGAAGGAUAAAGACAAGAAAAUGAAACACCAACCAUCUACUUCCUCCAACCUUAGUAGUGGGUCAAAGCAAUAUGACUUUGUGAAAAGGUACGGUCCAAUGAGUCAUUUGUCAAGUGGUUUCGUGGACCAUCAUGAUACACAGUUCGAUGCUAACUCAGAGAAGGAGCAGGGGAAUGAAUAUUUCAAGCAGAAGAAGUUCAAUGAAGCCAUCGACUGUUACUCUCGGAGUAUUGCUCUAUCACCAAAUGCCGUGGCUUUUGCAAAUCGGGCUAUGGCUUACCUUAAAAUCAAAAGAUAUCGAGAGGCUGAAGCAGACUGCACAGAAGCGUUAAAUCUUGAUGAUCGAUACAUAAAGGCAUGCUCACGCCGAGCAACAGCAAGAAAACAACUCGGCAUGAUUAAAGAAGCCAUAGAAGAUGCUGAGUUUGCUUUAAGAUUACAACCUGAAAGCCAGGAACUUAAGAAGCAGUAUGCCGACAUCAAAUCUUUGCUUGAGAAAGAAAUCAUUGAGAGGGCCUCUGGAGCAAUGCAAAGCACUGCAGAAGAAUUGCUCAAAACAGCCGGUUUAGAAAAGAAGGCAAAAAUGCCAAAUGCGGAAAUCAAGAUGAAGACCCCAGGGGCCAAUGAAAUUCCGGGAAAGAAGUUCAUCGAAAGUGUACAAUUUGAGGAGAGAAAGAAUGAAGUUUCCAAGAAAAUUUCAGCUAUCACAGAACCGGUAGACAUCAAGAAGCUGACGCUUAAAAGUGACAGUUAUGAAAAGGAGGCAAACUAUUCUGACAUUAAUGGUAGUCAGCUGUCUCGAACGGGAAGCCAGGUUUCUAGAAAGGUGGAACUAAAGCAAUCAGUGCAAGAGCUUGCUGCUCGUGCAGCGUCACUUGCAAUGGCUGAAGUUUCUAAAAACAUUGAAGCUCCUAAAUCUGCUUACGAAUUUGAGAACUCUUGGCGGAGUUUCUCAGGCAACCGUGCAUUACAAACCCAGUUGUUAAAGGUUACGACUCCAAGCUCUUUACCUCAUAUUUUCAAGAACGCUUUGACUUCUUCUGUUUUUUUUGACAUAAUCAAGUGUGUAGCCUCAUUUUUCAAUGACGAUAUGGAUUUGGCUGUUCAAUACAUUGAGAACCUAACAAAGGUUCCUCGAUUCAACAUGAUCGUCAUGUGCCUUACCUCAACGGAGAAAAAUGAGCUUUUGAAGAUAUGGGAGGAUGUAUUCUGCAGUAAAGCGACUCCAAUGGAAUAUGCAGAGGUCUUAGACAAACUGACAUCAAGAUACUGCCUGAAACAUUAACUUGGGAGAUGCCUCAUUUUAGCAGCGUACAUGGUGAAGAUUUUGCAAACCCAGAAAGCAAUUUUCAGUGGCGGCUGUGAAUUGUUCAUAUAUUUACCGGAAGAAUAAUAAACCGGGUUAUCAUUUUGGUUUAGCUGAAACCUUUCAACUAAGAUAUGUAACACAGAAAAGUUACCGUCAUUUUUAUUUCUUCAUGUGUCUUGCUGCAUAUAGGGGAAAUUCCUUGCAAGUUUCGAUUAUGCAUCUAGAAGACUAGAACUAAGCAUGUGCACUUCGGGUCGGGUCAUUUAACCCUUACUUUACCGUUCAAAACACAUGAAUUACAUCUAUUCUAUGAA